CAAGAGCUGAUCUUCCUGCUUUAAAAGUUCACUGUCAGUCUGGGUGUCUCCCACUGCCCACUGUCUUUGAACAUCUUCACUGAAGACCAGCCGGAGCACCGACCAGACAUCCACUGCUGCAGUCAUUACGCUCAAUUAUUAAUAGCAAAGGCGUGUUUCCCUUUAUGACAGUGAUUUUUCAUUGACAUUAUAAUCUUUUAGUUAUAAAGAGCACAGAUCAGAAGCUCGGAGCUGAACAUCUUGUUUGCAUCAGUCGGAGGACAAGGCAUUACUUUAAAAAGAGACCAAAUCCAAAAAGAGAAGAUUAUCUGGUGAUAUAAGGAGGAUCAUAUUGGACAGUUUAUUGGCUCAGUCGCAACACUUAUGGAAAUUCCAGUGACUUGUGCCGUGGUCUUCCUGCUGGUUUUUGGUGGGGCCUGCUGUGUGGGCCGCCGCCAGGAAGCCUCUAACGCAGACACCUCCAAGGGUGAUGCAGGUCAGAAAAGGCCGUCUCGAGCAACAGAGAAUAAGCCGAGCCGCUGUUCCUACACUUUCAUCGUACCUCAACAGAAGUUAACGGGGGCGCUUUGCGUGAGCACCGAGACGGCUCGUGUCAACCGCUCUGAGAUGGCGUCCCUGCGCGCGCUGCUGGACCGGCAGCAGGAACAGCUGGACACAAUGCGUGGGCAGCUGGAGCAGGAGGGCGCACUGGCCAAUGAGAUGAGAGUUCUGCGCAGGGAGAGCGUCAACAUGAACGCCCGCAUCACCCAACUCUAUGCCCAACUGCUGAAUGAGAUCAUCCAGAAGAAGGAUCAGGCUUUGGAGCAAUGGAGGCUCGAGAGUUUGGUGCUUAAUGCAACAGCCCAGGUGCUUCAGGUGUCCAGCAGUUACAGAGACCUGGAAAAGAAGUAUGAUGCACUCACUUCUCUAGUGAGCAACCAGAGCCAACUAAUCACACAUCUGGAGAAACAGUGCCAGCUCAAGAACCCCACUAAAGCACCGCAGGUGCUUCAGGUGUCCAGCAGUUACAGAGAGCUGGAAAAGAAGUAUGAUGCACUCACUUCUCUAGUGAGCAACCAGAGCCAACUAAUCACACAUCUGGAGAAACAGUGCCAGCUCAAGAACCCCACUAAAGCACCGCAGUAUACUGUCUCUUUUAAAGGGCCGUGGAAUGACUGUCAUCAUGUGCUGGAGUCCGGAGAGAAGACAAGCGGCAUCUACCUGCUGCGACCUCGCAAUACUAACACACUUCUGCAGGCCUGGUGUGACCAGAGCAGAGCUCAGGGUGGCUGGACCGUUAUCCAGAGGAGACAGGAUGGCUCUGUCAACUUCUUCAGGACCUGGGAACAGUACAAGCAAGGCUUUGGGAAUCUGGAUGGAGAAUACUGGCUGGGUUUGGAGCACCUGUACUGGCUCACCUCUCAGGCCACCUACAAGCUGCGAGUAGCCAUGGAAGACUGGCAAGGACGACAGACGUUUGCAGAGUACGACAGCUUUCAGGUGGAACCAGAGAGUGACUGGUAUCGUCUACGAUUAGGCAGUUAUCAAGGCAACGCAGGAGACUCACUUUCAUGGCACAACAAUAAAGCGUUCACCACUCUGGACCGCGAUAAGGAUGCUUAUUCAGGUAACUGUGCUCAUUACCAGAAGGGCGGCUGGUGGUACCACAUGUGUGCCCACUCCAACUUGAAUGGGGUGUGGUAUAGAGGAGGCCAUUACAGAAGUCGAUUCCAGGAUGGUGUUUACUGGGCAGAGCUCCACGGAGGCUCGUACUCCCUAAAGAAAGUGGCCAUGAUGAUCAAACCUGCUUAACAGCAACAGAAGCAAAUCAGCAGAGCACCCAGAGAGUUGAGAGUACUUAGAUUGAGUGCCAUGUUUUGCCACCUUUUCUACACAAAGAUGUGACAAUUAAUGAGCACUGAAUGUUUUUGUGGAGCUUCAGGUUAUUUUGUUAAAGAUCUAGUCUUGAAGUUAUAUUAACAUUGUUUGAACAAAGACAUGAUUUGAAUAUUUUUA